AUGCCGCCUCCGCCUCAAAUGCAAGGAAUUCCAGGCGGCGAACCGACUGUCUUUCAAAAGAUCAAAAUGGGCGCAAUGACAGGCACCCUUGUAGGACUCACAAUCGGCUUCAUCGGUGGUGGAAUCCAGAUUCUUCGCGCAGGCCCGGGACCAAGAGGCGCACUCGGAACGCUAUCGCAAUUCAUGCUUAGCUCAGCAGCUACGUUCGGAUUCUUCAUGUCCAUCGGUACAGUGUUGAGGACAGAAGGGAUCGAAGCCAACCCCUACUUGACAGCAACACAGAGGCUCGUCCUUUUGAAACAGCAACAGGAAUUGAGCAGGGUAGCCAUGACCAACCGAGGCGUCCAGGUCGAGCACAAGAGGAGCAUCGCGUAG